CGCACUCACGACAUUUCCGCCCCAAAAGCCUUAGCAAUGACCUCGUGAGCAAACCUGCGCACGGGGAUCUGAGCAGCUUAGUUUCAACUUCACCAUAGCAUUCGUGUGAGCUAGCUUUAGCAGGCUACGCUAAUAUUAGCCAGGCGAACAGGUAUCUGUUGGUCAGUCAGGAAUGGGUGACAUGAAGACCCCAGAUUUUGAUGACCUGUUGGCAGCAUUCGACAUUCCUGAUAUUGAUGCGAAAGUGGCAAUUCAACCCGAGUCAGGGGAUCCCGAGGCGAAUCACAGUGAAGCCAGUGGAAGCGGUACCAAGGAGCGAAGCGGUGGUUCAAAUCAAAGACCUUCAGAAAUCUGUGAAACGUCUCAUGACCCCUCUGUAGUUAGUGUCAUUGUGAAGAACAGCAUUUGUGCUGAUGUGUAUGAAAACAGGAGGGAUGAGGUAGAAAGCCCCACAAGACAAGGAAAUGAUGUUCUGGAUGAGGCUGACAGAAGUAGAGCUGGAGGCCAGCUGUCUCCUCAGGUUGCGCACAGCCUGAUGCCGAUGGACCCACUCAUCCACAAUGGAUUCAAGACAGUUCCAGGAGAAGUCAGUGAACACUCCCUGCUUUCCAGUCAAUCACAAAUGCAACCCAAAGGUCAUCUCUGGUCCCCUUGUUCUCCUAAAAUAGCCAGAGAAGGCGAUGAGAGCAAUCAGAGUGAUGGUCCUUCCAACCCCUCCGACAACUUUUCAUCUCACAUGCCGUUACCCGCCUCAUCUUCUUCAAUCUCUUGUGCAAAUUUCAUCGGCUUGCCGCCUCCCCAAACAGAUGGAGAUGAACAUUCUGCGUCUGCCUUCGCUCCUCAAACUCAACCUGUAAACAGCAGCUCAAGGACCAACCUUCAUCAAGCAUUAUCUGAAGAUGAAGAAUCAGAACCAGACCUCGGAAGCCCUCCGCUCAUGAUUCAGGAAAGUCCAGAGAUACAGAUGUCCUCGCCUCUUAGAUUUCCAGGCAGACAUGGGGCAUCUGGAGAGCUUCAGCUUCCUCCACUUUCCUCUCCAUCUUUGCCUAUAAGUAACACUCAAACUGGAGAGACCACUUCUGCUUCUCCACACCCAACUCCCCCUAUGUCCCAUCAGACACCCUCACAGAGCAACAGCAACUCUGAAAAAAUAUCCAUACCAGACGAAUAUCCAGAGCAUAUUAUCGAAGAGCGAGACUCUCCAGAGAGCCCUGAGCCAGAAAUGCCAGCAUGUCCUCAGUGGAAAAGCUCAUCAUCAACCUCUGCACAGGAGCUAGAACAGAAAGAACCUGUGCACGACAAAACUGCAGAUGUGCCCGAUAAAGAGGAGCCUAUGGAGGAUGCAAGGAACGAACAGGAUCACAGUAAAUGCGAGAAUGACAAAGCUGAGAAAGAAAAAAUGGUGGGACCAGAAGAAGAGCCCUCAGUCCAAGUCUCGGUAGCAUCUGCCAAAACCAAACCGGUCUCCUCUACAGCACCUUCCAGACCUCUUAAAGUUCGAAUCAAAACAGUUAAAUCCCCUACUGGCAACAUUACACGCACUGUUACCAGAGUAGCUGCUAAAGGACCUGCAGUAGGCAUCUCCAAGGGUCCUGAUGGGUCUAAAGUUGCAGUUGGAGGUCGUAAAGGGGUCAGCAGACCUAAGAGACCCGCGGCAGCCAUGUCGGGUCCACAUCCGAGCUCUAAAAAUACAAUGCUUCCAGUGUCAACCUUACACGAUGCCAGUUCAGCAAUGCUGUUUGCAGCCAGCAAGGUGCAGAAAGUGACCUCUGGGGUCACCAAGACAUCGACUUCACCAUCUGUUUCUGCUUCAUCCCCGUCCUCAUCUGCCAUCAAUAUUUGCUCGAUUGGUCAGAAAACAGUGGCUGGACCUUCCUCUAAGCCGGCAUCCAUUGUAAACAGUCCCGGAGCGGUGAUCUCUCGUAGCCAGUCGAGUCUGGUGGAGGCUUUCAACAAGAUUCUCAACAGUAAAAACCUGCUACCCAACUACCAGCCGGAUCUUUCCGCCAUGCCUCGUCCUGAGUGGGGCCUCGGCGUGCCUGCUUCAGGUUACCGCUGCCUGGAGUGCGGGGACGCGUUCGCUUUGGAGCGCAGCCUGGCCCGCCAUUAUGACCGGCGCUCCUUGAGAAUCGAGGUGACGUGUAACCUCUGCACGAAGCGGCUGGCCUUCUUCAACAAGUGCAGCCUGCUUUUGCACGCCCGCGAGCACAAGGAGAAAGGACUGGUCAUGCAGUGCUCCCACCUUGUCAUGAGACCCGUCAGUAUGGAUCAGAUGAUUGGACAACAGGAUACUGUACCUAUAGGUAUGCUGUCAUCAUCACUGCUGGCCUCCCCUUCCUUGACUGGGUCCUUUGAUCAUUGGUGCCCAGAGUGCAAGAAUUCAUUUGGCUCAACAGAAGAAGUAGCUGCACACUUCCAGGAAUCGGAUCCGGGGGGAAUAGAUACAUGCUGUAUGCAGUGCUCUCCUCCAAUGCCCCUGUGGAAUGCCUGCAGCGCUGCUGCCCACCAGCGACUUCACCAAAAGCUCCACCCUUUCGUCUGCCCCGAGUGUGGGCUCGGUUGCCAGUCACAACGUCUUAACACGCACGUGCGCCGAGUCUGCCUACAUUACACGCGGCAGCUGGGAUACAGGUGUCCUUGUUGUCAGCUGGUGUUUGGAGGUGUGAAUAGUCUGAAUGCAGUGAAGAAUCACAUGCACACGGCUCAUUCUGAAGUCUUCCAUAAAUGCCCCUCGUGCCCCAUGGCCUUUAAAUCUGCUUCCAGUGCUGAUACUCACUGCACCACCCAGCAUCCUCAGCUCUCAGAGAAAGCCAAGCAGUCCAAGGAGAUCUAUAAAUGCGUGCUGUGCCGGACCGUUUUCACCCAAAAAGCCCUGCUGAACGUCCAUUUUGACUCCCAUCUAGUGACGCAGAAGGUCAACGUGUUUAAAUGUCCGGAUUGCCACAAGCUGUUUACACAGAGGACAUCCCUCGUGGAACACGUGAAGGCUUCACACAGGAAGUCAGCAGCUCAUCUGGUUCAGAAAGGUUCGGUGAAGAUGGAGAGCUCAGAUGGGGAGGAGUGGAGAAAAGAGGAAGAUGAGGAUGGAGAUGGAUAUCCAAGAGAGAAAGAGCGCUCUGUUGCUCCGAAGUUUCAGAGCUGGAGCUGCUCGGAGUGUCAGACGAGCUACACAGACAAAGAGAGCUACAUCACUCACAUGGCCAAACAGCACCGAAAGGACCUGAAGAACUUCCCCUGCACUCUGUGUGAAGGCUCGUUCUCUUCGUCCUCAAGUUUGAGACGCCAUUUCCGGGUCAAACACAAAGGCAUCAAGAGGUCAUUCUACUGCCAGUUGUGUACCGGGAGCAAGAAGAGUUUCAGCAGUAAGCUGGUCCUAGAAAAACAUAUGCAAAUUCAUCAUGGAGGACAACGAGCAGCAAACAGUCAAAAACAGGCGAGUUCACGCUUCGACGCUGCCGAUAGCUCCUCUGAACAAGACGGAGCCCUCACAGCUGCGACUGCAGAAGAAAACAAUAACACCGAUCGCUUGAGAGCGCCUCGAAAAAGCAGGGGAGGAUCCGCUCAGGAGCAGGACCCCGAGGCUUUCCGUUGCGCGCCGUGCGGCUUCAUUUCCAAAGACAAGGAGGAGUUCCUUCACCAUAUCCAAAUUCAUCGUGGCGAAGGGGACAAGGGUGUGCAGUGUCAGCAGUGUGGGGCGUGCUUCGCCUCCGGCUCCUCCCUCGCCCGCCAUCGCUUCAUCAGCCAUCGAGUACGAGAUGGCGACGGAGACGACCAGCGCGAGAACACGAGCCACUGCGCCGCCGACGGGGCUGAGUCUCCCGGCUCACCGACUCUGGCUGAGGAUGGGGACGGCAGGCUGUGCUGCAAAGUGUGCGGACGGCACUUCAGCAAAGCCGCCGACCUGAACACACAUUUCCGUACUCACGGCAUGGCUUUCAUCAACGCCUACAAAGCCGAGAAGCCGGCCUGAGAAAUAGAGAAUGGUAAUGAUGUCUGAAGCUCCAAUUCAAAAUGUGAAGAUAAUGUGCCUUAAUCACUCGCAUUCACAUGUGAAAUAAUGCGCUUAUUGCUUAGGUAUUCUUCCUGCUUGAACUUUGUCAUGGGUUUGUAUCGUUACAACCUAGAAAAAUCUAUCAUGACGUGUUAUGAAUGUGUGUGGGGGGGAGGGGGGAGUUCUCAAGUUUUAUGGGCUACUAAUUAUACAGUCACAUUUGUUUUUUUUUUCUUUUUCAAACUAAUAAAUAUGCACGUAUUUAAUACACUA